UCAAGAGUCGCAGGAGGACGAGCAUUGGAGGAGAAGCGGAGAGAUGUCCACCCUGGGCCGGUGGCGCCGCUGGGCGCCCGGUUCAGUGUGGGCGCACUAGGCGGCCGACCUCGGUCGGGUUGUGUGCGCAGAGUGCGGUGCUCCGGGGAGCUCUACCUUCUUGAUCUUCUUUCCUUCUUGAGACCCCUGGCAAGAGGAAACCUAGCUAGGUCCUCCAGCAGCUAGGUGGCUGGUCCAGGUAAGUUAUCCUCACACCUCAGAGCACCACACCCAUCUCUGGAGUGUUCACUUCCCUUCCUUACACUGACAUUUUCCUGAUGUACAUAUAUGCCGCACAACUAUAAGAACACUAUUUGUACUCUGAGAACAUGCAUACCUGUCUGGUGGGUCAUGAAUUUGCUAGAAUUUUCCCGCUUAGCCUUACUUCCUCCUUUUCUUUCUCCUGUCUUUCCCCCCUGACACUUCAGGCUUCCUGCUUGCCUUUGGCUGGGUUAUUUAAGAAGCAGGAUAAAUUGUACUCACCUGCCACUAUCCUAGGGAAUACUUUGUGCCAUGUACCAUCUCAACUGGGAAAGGAAGAAUUUUCAUGGAGCAUAAUGGGGGAAUUAAAAAAAUGUAAUUGUAUGGUUUAUAUUCUUGAAAGUACACAUCUGCACAGAGAAACUAACGUAGUCUGGGAGAGGCCAGAUGGUGCCUCCCUGAGAUACCUGGGAACCUUAAAGCUAGGCUUUGAAGGAUUAUAAAUGGUAUGUUUCAUGGGGAGAAUAGAUUGAUCAGAGGGGUCAAAGAUGUUCCUGAGGGAUGCAGAGAAAGGAGCUGAAAACCAAGGAUGUCUGGAGCAAGAGAAGAAUGAUAACUGACGGAAAAGGUGAGAAAAGGUAAGUUUGAGGGUUUCAUUAUAAAAGGCCUUAAGAAUCAAUGGUAAGUAUUUGGGCUUAACCAGAAAUGCAAUGGGAAGCCCCCGAGGUGUUUGGAGCACAGGAGCGACAUGAAGACCACAUGUACAUUGGUAGGGAUCAUCUGGCUGCAAGUUGCAGAGGGCAGGGUAGCCACACUUGGUUCGGGGAGAGCAGCUUGAGUUUGGGUGAGAGAUGGCUUGCUUGGCUUGGAGUCCCGGCACUGGAAGACCUGAAGGGGGCAUGUUGGAGUGGUGCCAAGAAGGGAGACCUCACAGAACUUGCUCCCUUUUUUACUAGUUUGCUGACUGAUUCAGACCAGACAUGAUGAAUCACAUGAUGAGAAGUGAGCAGACUCUCCAAAGGGUGUCCAUUUGUUCAAUCCAUCCGCAAAUGCUGAUACUCAGCCUAUUUGGGACAGAAUCAUGCCAGACUCUGGCACUCCAGAAGUGAGUGGUAUAAACCCUACUGAAUGAGAACUACUGUUACCUGGAAAGUAAGGAAAUGUGCUUAGCAAAAUAGUUGGCUAUGCUUGCGGGGGAGUGCUGCCUGGGGCGGGGCUAACAUGGCAGAGCGGGCCCCUGGAGCUGGCUUGGUGUUUUCCUGACCCUCAUGAAGGCCCCAGGGAUCUAGGAUGGUACUCAAGCCUGCAAAGAGCUAGAGAUCUUCCUUUACUGAAGGAUUCGUGUGUGUAAACCCACAUUUUACAAAGCUCAGGGACUGCACUUUCAACUAUAUUGACAUGGGAACCAUGUCCUUUUCCCUCAAUUCUGGUCCAGAAAUUCAUGGUGGGAGAGGAAUGCAGCAGGGCCCCAAAUACCUGAAAGUAUGUGAUCAGCAAAUUCUCUCCCUGUAGGCAAAACCUACAUGGGAAAUGAAAGCAUAAUGAGGAGGUGGAUGGGUGAGUAUGAAAUCAGAACAAAAGGCAUAGAAGAACCUUGGUAGCACUGGCUUUUAAGAUGGCCUAGUGCAGCCUCCUGGUCAUAGUGAUGUCGGUGGCUAUGGCAAUCAGACGACCAGACUCCUUAUCUAUUGCCCCUGUUUUCCACCAUCUCCAUUCAGGCUAGGUCUGAUUAGAGAAGAUCUCUUGCCUGUAGAUGGUUGAAUUAGCCAUUCAUUGUGACUUAAAUUCCCAUGUCCCCAUCCCCUAAAAUAAAUAAGAUCAGCUGGUCAUUCAGAUAAGGUCAAACAUGUCACGCUGGUCUAGAAGACAUUUUGUGUCUUUGAAGUAGCCUUGUCUUAGUGCUGAUCAUGAAACUUGAACUCUUAGCUAUUAUUUCCUCUCUUUCUGAACUUUGGGGAAACCCCUCAAGAAUGGACAACAAUAAGGAGAUUUGGCUGGAGUGUGAAAGAGGCAGGAGACUGGAACAAACAAGAAGAGAGGAGAGACUGCACACCAUGCUGUCCCUGAGAGAUGACAAGCGUAACCUCCUCGGUUCCUGACUUUAAAGUUCUCAAUUCCAGCCCCCUUUAAAUGAGGCAGACCCUCACGGCAAGAGGAGAUCAGCCGGCCAUCCCUGAAAAGCUCAAGCCUUUGGGUGCGAGCAAAAUAAAUAACUGUGAAAAACUCAGCACUCCACUGGAGAAUUACAAGAUGUACCACCAGGAAGACGACACCAACAGUGACACGACCAGUGACGAAGACAUGAGCCAAAGUGGGAGAGAAACCCCACCACCUGGGCCAUCCCACUCUCUCAGCAGUGAGCAAGACCAGGAGCGCAGGGGCAGAAGCAGAGAUGUGGAGCCUCGAGAGCGCUGGCCAUACACCAGGAACCCCAGAAACAGGCUGCCUCAACGGGAUCUUUCCCUGCCUGUGAUGUCAAGACCACAUUUUGGACUGGAACGAGAUGAUGAGAGACGUUCCAUGGAUUAUGAGUCUCGAUCCCAGGAUGCUGAGUCAUACCACAAUGUCGUGGAACUCAAAGAGGACAAGAAGCCUCAGAAUCCAAUUCAGGACAAUCUGGAGAACUACCGAAAACUGCUCUCACUGGGAGUACAGCUUGCCGAAGAUGACCGACACUCUCACAUGACACAAGGCCACUCAUCCAGGUCCAAGAGAAGUGCCUACCCAAGCACCAGUCGAGGUCUGAAACCCAUGCCCGAAGCCAAAAAGCCAGCCCACCGACGGGGAAUCUGUGAGGAUGAAUCUUCUCAUGGCGUGAUAAUGGAAAAAUUCAUCAAGGAUGUGUCCCGCAACUCCAGAUCCGGAAGAGCCAGGGAGCUGAACGAGCGUCCUCCUCCUCCUCCGAGGUUCCCCAGGCCCAGCGACAACUGGAAGGACGCUUCAUCAAACAAAAGAGAGUCGGUGAUCCAGGAGAGGGCUUCUGAGGGGAGCGCGUUCAGGGGAGGCUUUAGGGUCAAUGCUGAACUGCUUUCCAGAAGCCGAGCUCUGGAAAGGAAGAGGCGUUAUCACUUUGAUUCUGAGGAGAAGGGUUCAGGUCACGAAAAUAAGAGCUGUGUGAGGAAGAAGCCUUUUGAGUGUGGUAGUGAGAUGCGACAGGCUCUGAACAUGGGUAACCUAAGCUGCCCUCCUGUCCCUGAGUCCCCCACAAUCAAUUUGCCCGCAGACCCAUAUGUGUGCGAUGAGUGUGGGAGGUCGUUCAGUGUCAUCUCUGAGUUUGUCGAGCACCAGAUCAUGCACACGAGGGAGAACCUCUACGAGUACGGAGAAUCCUUCAUCCACAGUGCAGCUGUCCAUGAGGUACAGAAAGGUCAGGGUAGGGGCAAGCGCUUUGAGUGUAAGGAGUGCGGGGAAACCUUCAGUAGGAGCGCCGCCCUGGCCCAGCACCGCCAGAUUCAUGCUAGAGAGUACCUAGCAGCGCGUAAAGAGCGUAAAGAUCAGGAGGAUGAGGACACCAUCAUGCCUAGCCCGACCUUCAGCGAGCUGCAGAAGAUGUAUGGCAAAGACAAGUUCUAUGAGUGCAAGGUGUGCAAGGAGACCUUCCUGCACAGCUCCGCCCUGAUCGAGCACCAGAAAACCCACGGCAGAGGCAAAUCCGGAGACAACAGAGAGAAUGAGCGUGAACGCGAACGGGAGCGCAUGCGUGCACGUGCACGGGAGCAACGUGAACGUGAGCGUGAACGCGAACGCGAACUUGAGCAUGGAGAACCCUUUCUGACCUGUCCAAACUUCGGUGAGUGUCAGAAAAUGUACAGGAAAGACAGGGUCUAUGAGUGCAAGGUGUGUGGGGAGAGCUUCCUUCACGUGGUAUCCCUGAAGAUGCAUCAGAAGAUCCAUGCUAGAGGAAACCCAUUUGUAAAAAAGAGCAGGAUGUGCGAGGAGACCUUUGUCCCUAGUCAGUCCCUCAGAAGGCACCAGAAAACUUACAGGGAGAACCUGUUUGACUUUAACAACGCCAGAGAUGCAUUGAUGGAAAGCUCAGACGCCAGUGACCACCAGAAAAUUCGUUCUCGGAAGAAUUUCUUUGAGAGCAGGGCGAAACCCUUUACUGAGUCUCAGAAGAGUCAUACCAUAACAAGACCACCUGGAAACAAAGACGAUGACAAACCAUUCACCAUCAGCACCAACCCCAACAACAAGCUGAAAUUCCUUACCAUGGCGAAUGCCUGCCAGGGGAAAGCCUGUGAGAGGUCUGUCAUUCAUGGCUUCUGCCCUGUAGAGGCUCAGAAGAGUCGUGGUGCACUGGUAUUCACCAAACCAAGACCAGUGAAAUCAGUGACAGAAUCGAGCACCCAGACCACAGGUGACUUUAGCCUCCCCAACUCCUUCUCUAGAGGGAGCAUCUUUGAAAGAAAGGAAUACAAGGGAUCCGUCAUCCACAGCCUGCCCGCUCCUCGACCUCUGAAACGCCAUAGAGUAAAUGACCAGAUUGAACGUGAUGAAGUGGGAGAGUCGUCCAUUUAUAUCUCAGAUCUUAACAACAAGCGACGGAAGCUUCUUACUGGAGAAGACACUUACGAAGGAAGUAACAGCAGCAAGCGCAGAGAUUUCCUCCUCCCGCGUGUGCCUCGUGCUGGGCCUCCAAUUCUCUCUGGAGAGCCCCGUGAAUCUAAUCAAGACGUCACAUUUUCAGUUCCCCUUGCAAGUGUUCGUGAACACCAGAAAGCUCGUGCCAAGAAGAAAUACCUUGAGCCCAGGAGCAACGAGACCUCUGUAAUCCACUCCCUACCUUUCGGAGACCUGCAAACAAUCCGCCGUAGAGCCAAGUUCUUUGAGUGUCAGGAGUGCGGGGAGGCCUUCACUCGGAGGUCUGAGCUUAUUGAACACCAGAAGAUUCAUGACAGAGAAAGACCCUCUGGAAGUCGACAUUAUGAGAGGUCUGUCAUCCGCAGCCUGGCCCCUAGCGACCCGCAGACCAGUUAUGCCCAAGAACGUUUCAUUCAAGAGCAAGUGCGGAAAUUCAGAGAGUUUGGACAGCGCUCUGCUACCAGCAGCAACCUCAGUGUACAGAAAAUCUAUGCCCAACAGAAGUAUUAUGCCGAGGAGCCCCAUGCUAAAGAAACGCAUGUUCUGAAGAUUCAUGACAAAGAGCCCCAUGGCCAGGAGCCCCAUGGCCAGGAGCCGCAAGACAAGCAACCGCUCGAUCAGGAGAUGUGCAGUGAAGAGCCCCAUGGUGAUAAGCCCCAUGGCCAGGAGCCACAUGGCCAGGAGCCCCAUGACAAAGAACCCCUGGAUCAGGAGAUGAGCAGCGAAGAGCUCCAGGGCAGUGAGCCCCAUGGCCAGGAGAAAACUGAAGACACUACCAUUCAGGCCUCCACUUCUGAUGAGCACCAGAAAGAUAACGCCAGUGACAUGAUCUAUGAAUGCCAGGACUGUGGGCUGGGCUUUACCGACCUCACAGACCUCACAAGCCACCAGGAUGUCCACAGCAGAAAGGCUCUGGUUGACAGUCGCGAAUACGCACACUCUGAAGUUCAUGUCCACUCAGUCAGCGAAUUUGAGAAAAAGUACUCUGGAGAGAAGCUGUACGAGUGCCCCAAAUGCGGGGAGUCCUUCAUUCACAGCUCAUUGCUUUUUGAACACCAGCGAGUCCACGAACAAGACCAGCUGUAUUCUAUGAAGGCCUGCGACGACGGCUUCAUCGCUGUCUUGCCUGUGAGGCCAAGGAGGAAUUGUGCUUCGGAGAGAAAUCCUGCUGUUGCGGGGUCAGCCAUUCGAUGCCGCCAGUGUGGACAAGGCUUCAUUCACAGUUCUGCCCUCAAUGAGCACAUGAGACACCACCGGGAUGAGGAAGCACUAGAGCAGAAUGAGUUGAACGAUGAGAUUUUCACUCAAGGCCUAGCCCUCACGGAGUACCAGGGAAGCGAAACCGAAGAGAAGCGUUUUGAGUGCACGAUCUGUGGGGAAUGCUUCUUCACUGCCAAACAGCUCGGAGACCACCACACCAAAGUUCAUAAGGACGAGCCUUACGAGUACGGGCCCUCCUACACCCAUGCCUCCUUUCUCACCGAGCCCCUCAGGAAACACAUCCCACUGUACGAAUGCAAAGAUUGUGGGCAGCCCUUCCUAGACAACACAGUCAUCACCGAGCGGCUGGUGUUCCAUCCUGAGCGAGAAGGGGGUUCAGACAUAGCAGCUGCCACUGCUCAAGAGGUCGAAGCCAAUGUCCUCAUUCCACAGGAAGUACUGAGGAUCCAGGGCUCAAAUGCAGAAGCUGCUGAGCCCGAAGUCGAGGCCGCGGAGCCAGAAGUGGAGGCUGCAGAGCCUGAGGUGGAGGCUGCAGAGCCUAAUGGAGAGGCUGAAGGGCCAGACGGAGAAGCUGCUGAGCCAGACGGAGAGGCUGAGCAGCCCAAUGGAGAGGCAGAGCAGCCAAACGGUGAUGCCGAUGAGCCAGAUGGAGCCGGGAUCGAAGACCCGGAAGAGAGAGUUGACGUGCCAGAGGAAAAUGUUGAAGAGCCAGAGGGAGAUGCAGAUGAGCCCGACGGGGCAGACAUCGAAGACCCAGAAGAGGAAGAAGAUCAAGAGAUUGAGGUUGAAGAACCGUACUACAACUGCCACGAGUGCACAGAAACCUUCGCUUCCAGCGCAGCCUUUGGCGAGCAUCUGAAAAGCCAUGCCAGCGUGAUCAUCUUCGAGCCUGCCAAUGCUCUCGGAGAGUGUUCCGGCUACAUUGAACGUGCCAGCGCCAGCACCAGCGCGAGUGGUGCCGAGCAGGCCGAUGACAAGUACUUCAAAUGCGAUGUCUGCGGGCAGCUCUUCCACGACCGCCUCUCCCUUGCCAGACACCAGAAUUCUCACACUGGUUGAGUCUCCAGGCUGAGGCAAAAAAGCAGAACAAAACCGAACCUUCCUCCCAGAACCAGACCCUUAAUAAAUCACAGAGAGAGCCUAAACCAACCCACAAUGUAAAUAGAAAUUCACCUUAUCCUACUCAUACCGGACUGCUCAUCAGAUAAUUCAGACUGGCAAACAGAGAGGAUGAAUGAAGAGACCUUUCCAGUCUUUUCUCCAUCGAACAUCGGUUACACUCGUGAAAGCUAGAGCACACAUCUCAUUCUUCAUUUAAGUAAUUAGACUGAGGGAAAACCUAGUGAGUACUCAAGACCACAGAGGUUGCCCCAAUCAACUGUAAAGGACACCCCUUUCAUACCCUAUACAUAAUGAUUCCUGCCGUGUAUAUAAAUGAGCAAAUCAGUGAUACAUAUAUUUGGACUUAGUGUGCUAUAGAAUUUACAGUUUACUAUACAGAGCUACCUAAACUGGUGCUCUGGUUUUUGUUGUUGUUGUUGUUGUUGUUGUUUUUUCCUGAGGAGGAAGAGAGCAACAAUUUAGCAUAUAUUUGUAAGUGUUAUCCAUCCAGCGGAAGCUUUACUGUGCAUCCUUUGAACCCCUUUAGUAUCCUUCCCAGUAACGGACUGUUUGGUCCCCUACCUCUUAGCUAGUCCUGUGAAGGUGUGGGUGUGAGAGAGCAUGUGUCUUUGAAUCCUGGCUGUGUGAGAACAGACAUCCUUUUAGCUUCCACAGCCAUUUGGUGUGCACCUAAACCCCUUGAGACUGACUGUAACUCUUUACAAUAUGUGGAUUCAUCUCUAUGACCCCGUCCAUCUCCCCAUUUUAUAUACCUUACAGUGGUUUUCAUGUAAAAAACCAGAUAUGUUACAUUUGAGGUGUUCUUUAAGGUUUGGGUUUUUGUUUCCUAACCUGUUCAUCGUGUGUUCAAUAGUGAAUUUAUGAAACCUGAAGCUUUGCCCUGUAAAUCUUGAUGUCUUUGCCUUUAAAGAGUGGGUGACAACCAUCGCUAGAUCACAGCAGUGCCUAAUGAAGGCUGGGAACCACGGGUGGCUUCAGACCGGCAGCCUCUCAUUAGCUCUGCUGUGUGCUUCCUGCCUUAAGUGACAAGUGGCAGCGUCGCUUGAGUCACCUGUGUGGUGUUUUAUGUGCUUGCCACAAGUCAGUGUGCUCCCUGGGUGCCCAGGAGCUAGUAUCCUUAGAUCUUUGUAUCUUCAAACUCAAUCCCCCACCCUUUAUGUGUCUGUCAACCCCAAGUCAAACUUGCAUUUAAAAAAAAAAAAGAAAAACACACAAAAAAAGCUUUCUUUCUAGUUAAUCCUAGCUUAACAUGGACUCAGGUUCCCCAGCAGCCUUAAUUGUUUUUGGUUACCAUUGUUCUCUCUCAUUGAGCCUCCUAAGCAUCUCUGAGCUUUCCACUUAGCGGCAUGUCUGUCUUGAUGUUGUCAGUCCUCUUGCUCACAAAUGGACUUCCCAGCUUGAGAUUUCCUGCGUCCUAUAUAUGGACAGCUUGCGCUCCUUACUUCCCCUCCCCUCGCAUAAUGGCUAUAGAAAGACAAGUUUUUGGCCUUCUGUUGGCUGGGGAAAAAAAAUUUAAAAAUUUUAAAAAAUUAAAAAAAAAAAAACAAAGCAGAUCUGUAGGCGAAAGAUCGAAGCUCGGUACAGAUCAUCUGAGAAAGUGAGGUGAGAUGCCUGCUGAGGAAAUGGGUCUGACUCUUAGGCUUCUAGAACUGUAGGUCCGGGGCUCACGGGGAGUGUGUCAAAGCCUCAAGGAGUGCCAGAGGCUUCAGAGGUGGACACGAGCAAAGAGCAAGGAGUAGAGAGUAGCGAGCCAAAGAAAGGAGCUCCAAGAUAACUGCAGAUCUAGGACGGCACUAAGACAGACUAAAGAAAACAGCAUCAGCAGGGCCGGGAAGGGCAGGGUGAUAAGAAUGAAUUGAAUGAAGUGUCCUGGGUAGUUGGAAGAAAGGCCUUUUUGAUGGCAUGGCAUAGGUGAAGGCCAGCUGCAUAGAGGGACCCUAGGUUGGAAUUGACAUCUAGGGAAACAGUGGGCAGUGACACACUGGGGAAGCACCCUUGAGAUGGAAGUCUGUGUUGAUGUCAUCUGGGUAAAUUUGGGAUUCGUUAUCAUUGACAGUGUUACCCCACUAGACCCUGUUUAGAAAGCAACUUGUCAAGAAGUCUAAGUGUCCAUUCUAACUGUAACUGAGUGAGUAGAAGAUUAGGAACAACUGAAAUGCCAGACUGUAGAAGAAGAAUUAAGUCAAAGUGCCCUGGAAUCUUAUGCAGUUGUUUAAAAGUGAUAAUCAUGGAGAGUUGUGUAGCAGAUAUUCACAGAAUAUGAAGUGAAGAAAGCAGGACACAAAAUUAUAUUUAUACUACAAUUAUAAUUGUCUUAAAGUGUACGCUUAUAGUCAAAAGCUAUUGUGUUGUUGUAGGCUUAUAGUCGAGCAUUAUUUUCUUAAAUUUCUAGAAUGUUCUUUAUGGUAGUGUUACUCAAAAGUUAAGGAUCACAUUUCCAUCGUGAACAUAAUUGGAAUUCAUUAUGAAACACUUGGAAAAAAAGAAAAAUGGAGGAAAGAUAAUCCAUGUCCCCACCAUCCAAAGAUAGAUAUACUCUUUAAUAUCUUGUUUUUCUUGUUGCCGUGCACAGGUUUAUAUAUUAUAACUGUGUCAAAACGUGUAUUCAAGAUAGUUGUUCUAGUAUUCCUGUGUAAUUAACGGUAAAAUACUUUGAUCUGAAGUUUUCCCUAUGCUCCUUAUAAUAGUCUCCUGAUACUGAAGCUUAGUAUGUAAUGUCACCAUUAUAAGCAUACUAUGUACCCGGUGAAAAAUUGGAAAAUACAGUAAAAUUGAAAACAAAAAUCUGCCCGCAUUCCCCACAACCAACAACUGUUAAGAUCUUCACCUGUGUCCUCCAUCCUGUGCCAUCGCAUAAACUUGUGAUUUAAACAGUGUUAAAUAGAUUUGCGUGAUGUCUAAAACAAAAAGAAACACGGGAAACAAAAAUAGUGUUGGGGGGGUGUCAUGCUUAAAUAUUUUGUUCUAAAUUUCUUGAAUAAUCUUUGGUGUUUGGGUAACAAACUUUAAGUACGUAUUCUGCAUCACAAAUAUAAGACAUACUCAAAGAAAACUGGGAAAUUGUAGUGAAGUAGAAAAAGCAAUUGUAUUUCCAACAAGUUCGGGUAACACCUGGGCCUGUGCACCACGUGUGCAAUUAUUAGGCCAUCCUAGAUAAGUAUGUGGAGAAGUGUGGAACAGUGGGUUAGCUGUGGCAGGAUCACAGGGAAGUGUGUUUCCUCAGUUUCUUUGAGGGGUCUUCAUCAUAGUGUUCUAUUCUAGUAGGCUACCCUUAUUGCUUAUAUUGCCGUUCUCUGCAGUACAUGUCCAUCCUAGUAGCCUCGAAGAUGUGGAAACGUAGAAGAGAAACUCAUCCAUAUUUUCAUCAUCCAAAGACUGUGCUAACAUCUCGAAAUAUUUUCUUUGUGCUGUUUCUGUGCACAGCUUUUGGCUUGCUAAUAUGGUUGUAGUGGUUCUAUCUUGUAAUAGUGUCAACAAUAAAAAAUAAAGCUAAAAGUAAGAUAA